AUGACAUAGUUUUCUUUCUUUCUUUCUGAUUGUUUAUAUGGUGGAUUACAUAUCUUGACUUUUGUAUCUUGACUCAUCUCUACAUGUCUUAGAUGAAGCCUACUUGAAUAUGGUGGAUAUUCUUUUUGAAUGUUCUUGUAUUUGGUUUGUGAGUAUUUUGUUGACAAGUUUUACAUGUAUCUUUAUAAGGGGAAAAGGUCUGUUAUCUUUACUGUGACACUCUCCAACUGCCAAUCUAUUCUGUAUCAUUGUAGUUAUAUAAACACAAAUACAAUCCUCACUUCUUCCUGAUUUUAACCUUGGAAUUGCUUCUCAUGACACUAAGGUAACAAGACAGCGAGUACAAGCAUGUUGACACCACCCUCUCAGUUCAGGUUUUACUUGUGGCCUCUUUUGGUUAAGGAUACCAAAGUGUCAAGUUCAUCCUGUAAAUUCUUUUCUUUACAGCCCAGUGUUGUUAACAGUAUCCCUUUAAUCUCAGUACUCUGGAGGCAGAGACAGACAGAGUCCUCUGAAUUCCAAGCCACCCUGAUCUAGUGUCCCAGGGGAUCCACCACAUUUCUUCUAAUUUCUGAGGAUACUUCACAGAUGUGGAGGACAGAUAUACAUAUGUUAAAGAAACCAUCUAGCAGCACAGCAGGGCUGGGGAAAGGAGCAAGGUAUCACUUCACCUGCCAGGUUGAAGUUGGGCCUUUUGGGAGCCUGGCCUGUUCAAGGUUUUCUCAGAUGCCAUGAUGAAAGCUCCAAGGAACACUACUUUUGUGUCCUGCCUGAGGGCAGACUUGGGAAGGUCUGGUCCAAUGCUUGAGUGAGCAUCAUGAAGGAGUCAAGGGAACCAGGCUCUUCAUGGCCACUGUGAGCUCAGUCUGAGGAUUCAUUGACCUAUGAGGAUGUCCAUGUUAACUUCACUCAUGAAGAGUGGGCUUUGCUGGAUCCUUCCCAGAAGAGUCUCUACAAAGAUGUGAUGCUGGAAACCUACUGGAACCUCUCUGCUAUAGGUUACAAAUGGGAAGACCGCAAUUUUGAAGAACAUUGUCAAAGUUCUAGAAGACAUGGAAGGCAUAUCAACUGUCCUUCUGGAUACAAGCCAUGUGAGCAUAAGGGAUAUGGAAAGAACCAAUAUGCCUCUGUUUCUCCCAGAACAAUUCGAAGAUAUGUUGUAGUCCCUACUAUGAGAAGACAUGAUGACUGUGAUAUAAGUUUAUACUCUCACAUUGGAGAAAACCUUUAUGAGUACAAGGAAUAUGGAAAUUCAUCUUUCUGUACUGGUUCAUUUUACACAUUUAGUGUGACUCAUGAUAUAAAACAACGUUAUGCAUGUAAUCAGAGUUCUUCCAGUUCUUUUCAAAGAUGUGAAAAAACUCAUAUGGGAAGAGGAAGUGAUAAACUCGAGUUUUGUACUGAGGACUUUAACCAUCACAGGUAUCUUCAAACAUACAAAACAACCAAUAAUGAAGAGGAUCUCUAUGAAUGUAAGGAACAUGAUAGAGCCUUUAGAUAUGAUUCCUCUAUAAAAGUACACCAAAGAACACAUUUGGAAGGACAACCCUAUGAAUAUAAUCAAAAUGAUAAUGUCUCUGCAUGUCACAAUCUUCAUCAAGUACAUAGAACUCAUAAUAGAGGAAAAAGGUAUGAAUAUCAGCAAUGUGAUAAAACCUUUGCAAGCCCCAGUUAUCUUCAAAUAUAUACAAGACUUCAUUCUGGAGAGAAACCCUAUGAAUGUACUGAAUGUGAUAAAGCCUUUGCAAGUCUCAGUUAUUUUCAGAUACAUAAAAGAACUCAUACUGGUGAAAAACCCUAUGAAUGUAGUCAGUGUGGUAAAGCCUUUAUACAGAAGAGUCAUCUUUACAGGCAUGAAAGAAUUCAUACUGGAGAGAAACCCUAUGAAUGUCAUCAGUGUGGUAAAGCCUUUGCACACAAGUAUAAGCUUCUCAUUCAUGAAAGAAUUCAUACUGGAGAGAAACCCUAUGAAUGUAAUCAUUGUGGUAAAGCCUUUGCAGAGAAGGGCACUCUUCUGAGUCAUGAAAGAAUCCAUACUGGAGAGAAACCCUAUGAAUGUAAUCAGUGUAGUAAAGCCUUUGCACAGAAGAGUGACCUUCGUACUCAUGAAAGAAUCCAUACUGGAGAGAAACCCUAUGAAUGUAAUCAGUGUGGUAAAGCAUUUGCACAGAAGAGUGGUCUUCGCACUCAUGAAAGAAUUCAUACUGGAGAGAAACCCUAUGAAUGUAAGCUGUGUGGUAAAGCCUUUGCACAGAAGAGUAAUCUUCUCAGUCAUGAAAAAAGACAUAAUGCAGUGAAACCAUAUCUAUGUAAUCAAAGUGCUAAAUCCUUUGCAUUGGACAAGGAUUUUCUCAUUCAAAAAAAUCAUACAGGAGAGAAAGCCUAUGAAUGUAAUCAGUGUGGUAAAGCCUUUGCAAAGAAGAGUCAUCUUCUAAGUCAUGAAAGAAUUCAUACUGGGGAGAAACCCUAUGAAUGUAAUCAAUGUGGUAAAGCUUUUUCAUGUAACAGUAAUCUUCGCACUCAUGAAAGAAUUCAUACUGGAGAGAAACCCUAUGAAUGUAAUCAAUGUGAUAAAGCAUUUGCACGUAAAAGUCAUCUUCAGAGUCAUGAAAGAUGUCAUACUGGAGAGAAACCCUGUGGAUAUAAUCAAUGUGGUAGAGACUUUGCAUGUAACAGUCCCCUGCAAAUAAAAGAAAGAACUCACAGUGGAGACAAACCCUAUGAAUGUCAUCAAUGUGGUAAAGAGUUUGCACAGAAUAGUCAUCUUCACAAUCCUGAAAGAAAUCAUAUUCAACAAAAACCCACUGAGUGUAAUCAGUGUGGUAAAGUCUUGCCAUGUUGCAUUGUCCUUCAAAAUCAUGAAAAAUUUCACACUGGUGAAAAUCCCCAUGAACCUAAUGAGUGAGUCAAGCCUUGCAGUCCACAUGUUUUUCCCACCGAGCUGUCUCACUGGUGCUUGAGUAAGGUUAGUAGAGCCUCUCCUUAGUUAAAAUAUUGUCUCUUUCAAGUUGUAAACAUAUUGUAUUCUAAGAAUACAGAGACACAUGGUAAUUUGAAUAAUAAAUAUAUUUGCAAAUGAAACUGA